ACAGAAACAGACAAAAACAAAAAAGGGUUUUCUUUUAUUUUUGUGUUGUCCAUUGAUGGAUGGCUAAGGCCAUUACUGAUUGAUCACGCGAAAAAAAAAAACAAAUAACUUGUUUUUGGUUGCUUCAGAACCAGAACCAGGAUCUGUUCGCAAUACUUCUGAUCGAAAAUCCAUAAUGCAAAACGAGUAUACUCUGGAAGAGCUCAGUUGUUUAGCACAAGAAAAAAUUGGUUUGGGUGAAAAACUGUUGCAUGAUCUAGAAAAACUACAAUCGGUUGACGGAGUGCGAAAAAUUGCGAAAAAAAUUAGUCAAGAGCUAAAAUUUUUGAGCAAGGUAAAAAACACCAAAGCAGUAACUAUUAAUCAUAUUCUGUGCAGUAACCUGACUCACUUCGAUUGUUUGGUGCAAUGUCUGCUUACCUGUGAGAAGGUAACUCAUGUCGAUUAUCCUCUGCCCUUGGAAGAACGUGGUUCUAAAUUGCGAAUAGAUAUAGUUGCGGACGGUGGUGCUACCUGGAUCAAAGUUAUUGCUCGCAAUCCUAAAUCUCUUAGUGAUGCAGUUCAUGGGCGAACAAGUUAUGGCUCGAAAAGUAUCCUUGAACAAGCAGCGGAAUACCAGGAGGCAGCAGAAUGUUAUCCGCAUAUGUUCAAACCCCCGCGAGUCGUAUUUCGUUUUCUUAGCAACAUUGAUUGCGAGUUGAUUGCUGAAUUAGAAACAAUUGGAGUUACUGUCCUGACGCUGCAAACUUCACAACCUGUUCCGCGAGCUGAGGUAGCUUGUGUUAAAAGCGUAAAUCUUGACAUUACAACUUUGAUUGCCUACGUAAGUGCUAUGACUAAUGGUUCAGCACACUGGGAGUAUAAUGAGCCGCUACUCACGGAACAAGCACGAUGGGAAAGAGAAACCCCCAUCAAACCCCUCCUAGAUGAUUACUUCGAUGGAAAAGAACUUAUUUGUUGUGAAACUGCUUAUAAUUCUUUCAACGAAAUUCUCUCGAUUUUGGGAGGUGAUGGAGAAAAAUUACGAGCAUCAGAACUGUUUCAGCGGGUUCGCGUACUGCCGGAUGUUGAACUGCCAGAUGAAAUGAGAAACAUUCGUGUUGGAGGCAAAAUCAAGCCAAGAAGUUUACAAAUUUUUGCUUUCGGUUUGAUUCAUGAAGCCAUCACAGUUACCUCGAAUGAAGGUUUUAUACGAGCUGCACGAAUGCAAGGACUGGAAGUUCCGGCAUUCGUGCACAACGCGCGAGCCUUGACGGAAGAAAAGGAGAAAACGGGACGAUUGCUGGUAGCAUGAUGCAAGAACAGCAAUGGAAUCAAAGAUACUUAGCGAUCUGUGAAAUUGGCCGGAUGUGUUCAUUUGAUAAUUAAAUUAGAUUAAGGCCUGUUGAUUAUUAAAAACAUUUAACAUAAA